GAAUCUGAAGAUUCCGCAAGUAAAUAGCGAGGUAUGAUAAAAACUUCACUUAAAAUACCUGGCGAGUUGCCUGAAACGUCGUUUCUCUCGCUGUAGUGUCUGAACUCUGAAGCCCGAGUUAUCCGCGAUCUGCUACAUACCCGUCGCCCAUGGAUUCCUGCCCUUCUGUGAAGAAUAUCCUUCUCCUUGAUUCAGAGGGGAAGCGUGUUGCUGUCAAGUACUAUUCAGAUGACUGGCCUACUAAUAGUGCAAAGGAAGCUUUUGAGAAGGCUGUAUUUACCAAGACUCAGAAGACAAAUGCCCGAACAGAAGCGGAGAUAGCUAUGUUUGAGAACAAUAUAAUUGUCUACAAGUUUGUUCAAGACCUGCACUUCUAUGUUACUGGUAGUGAAGAUGAAAGUGAGCUCAUCUUGGCCACUGUUCUUCAGGGGUUCUUUGAUGCUGUUGGCAUUUUGCUUAGGGGCAAUGUCGACAAGAGGGAGGCCCUUGAAAAUUUGGAUCUCAUUCUUUUAUGCAUCGAUGAAAUUGUUGAUGGCGGGAUUAUUCUGGAAACUGAUGCAAAUAGCAUUGCAAGUAAAGUUGCAAGUCAUAGUAUAGAUUCCGGAGCGCCACUGUCUGAGCAGACAAUAAGCCAAGCACUUGCAACUGCUCGCGAGCAUCUUACUAGAUCCCUUCUGAAGUGAUGAUGUGGUGGACUAAUCUAAAAUAAAAAUAUAUAAAAGAAAAGGAAAGAAAGAAUUCUGCUUCAGUUUUUUGGGUCUCCUGUCAAUAAGCUUUGGUUGUUGAGGCUGAUCUAUGCUGUAACAGAUUUGACAUUCAUUAGUUCCAACAAUUUGGAAAUGUAGUUUAUUCUGUUCUUGAUUUUGGGAUUUACGCUUCUCUUGACGAGACACUUGGGAAGACAUUAUUGAGUAUGGAGUCAGACUAUUGAGAUUCU